AACUGUGAUUUGGGUCUAUGACUAUAUCAUUACAUUCAAAGAUGAGGUGCACUAUCUCAGAUUAUUGCUAUCUUUGCGAUUCUGAGCCAGAUGAUUUUGAAGCUGGCCUAUCUGCACAAGUCGAGGUGGGGGAAGGUCAAGAUACUGUAUCUGGUGUGUCGCUAUCUGCCAUUUUGGCUGUUGGCGGUAGCUACCAAACAGCAAUGCCAGACAUACUUCCAGAUAAACUCAUGGCUUGAGGGAAUCACGCUGAUAGCUGCGGAAUGGAUGUUCAUAUUGAGAACGUACGCCAUCUGGGGAAGAAGCAAGAGGAUAUUGAUCAUUCUCUUGUCUUCCUUCGUCGCAAUUUUGAUCCCAGUCAUUUAUAUCUUGACUAGCUUUGGCAACUCAGUGAUAAUAUCUAAACCUCCAAUACCCAACAUCACCAGCUGUUAUAAUGUCGGCGAAAGUUGCAUCAUUGUUGCAGCCUAUGUUUUACUAGUAGUCGGCGAAUUUGAAAUUCUGUUUUUCACGUUGUACUGUUCAAUCAAGCAUUACAAAAAUCAUGCAAACCAACAUCGCUUGCUCAAUAUUCUCAUUCAGCACAACAUAUUCUAUUUCAUCUGCGGACUUUUCUUUUCGCUUCUUGUCAUCCUGACAAUAGGGCUUCUUCCUGAUGUGUACGGUGAUAUGACUUCAAACCUCCAGGUCACUGUACACGCCCUGCUCGUUACAAGAAUGCAUCUGCUGCUCUGGAAGUCGGAUCAUGCACAGAGGGCCGUCCUUGGUGACGAUAUAGCCCUGGAUGUAUUAGAUCAAGCUUCUAGAAGUUGCAAUGAGGAUCGGUACAGAAAUGUUUUGGACAUUCGACCUGGUCCCCAUUAGGUUCCAACAAUUAUAAGUAAUUAGUUACAUUCAACAUCACGUGCACGUGUCAGUCACGCGUCC